UCCUGCUUGCGUGACUCACCCAUACCAGGACGCGACUAUAUAUGCUCUAGGCACGAGCUACAAUUUCAAUUCCCAGAGGAUUAUGAACGUGAUCGUCUCCCAUUUAUCCCAACCGUACAACAACAACCGAACCGCGCAAUAAGAAACGACCCCGCGAUCUAUUGUUACGAUCCGCGUCCCCACGGCCUCCCUCCGCUGCCGGGCCGUUGAUACAGAGGACUUCCCCCCAAGGCUGUCACAAGACGAAGCGAGUGUUCACUCGACAAUUCGACAUCAUGCCUGGCCGUCUCCUCUCCAGUUUCGUCCGCCCCUCCCUCUCCCACCACUCCUCCAUCUCACACUCCAACUCCUCCUCGUCCUCGUCCGUCAACGAGAUCCCACACACUACGGUGGUCUCAAAGAAGCCCACUGCACAUGGAAGCGCGGAAAGACACCGAUCUCCUGAACGCCGCCUGUCUUUCGCAGUCGAGCACCUCAUUCACCCCCACCGUGACCAUAGCAAGGACAAGCGGCGUAGCCAUGGUCGGUCCUCUCGUUCGAAGGAGAGAGCCGCCGCCCACGACGACAGCGUGGCUGCUCUGGCCAAGCUGAACGUCAUUGUUGAAUCACCUCCGCUCGUAUGCUACGGAAACCCUGCGAACUCGACUGGUGCCCUAUUCUCGGGGCGCUUGAGGAUCAGCGUCUCGGACGUGGCAGGCCAACUUACCCUGGAUACGUUCGACAUGCGCCUCAUGAGCAGACUGACAACCAGAAAGCCAGUGUCGCGGGACUGCGCCAACUGCACCUCGCGUUCUGAAGAAUUGACCCACUGGAACUUCCUGACGGAGCCAAUCCAGCUCAAGAGCGGCGAUCAUGAAUUCCCCUUCAGCUAUCUCGUCCCCGGAAACCUUCCCGCCUCCUGCAACGGUUCCCUCGGCCAGGUCGAAUACUUCCUUGCCGCACGUGCUCACAGCGUCACCGGCGAAGAGUACACCUACAAGAUGCCGCUGCACAUCAAGCGUGCCAUUCUCCCCAGCAAUGACAAGUCGUCCAUUCGUAUCUUCCCUCCGACCAACCUUACCGGCCGCAUCGUUCUUCCCUCAGUCGUGCACCCCAUCGGCACUUUCCCCGUCCAGAUGACCCUCAGUGGGGUCGUGGACAAAGGCGAAGAGACCCAGACUCGCUGGCGUCUGCGCAAGAUGAUGUGGCGCAUCGAAGAGCACCAGAAGAUCGUGUCGACCGCCUGCUCCAAGCACGCACACAAGAUCGGGGGCGAGGGCAAAGGAGUAUUGCACCAGGAAACACGCAUCAUUGGUCACAACGAAGAGAAAGAUGGCUGGAAAACCGAUUUCGAUACUGCCGGCGGUGAAAUCAGUAUGCAAUUCGAAGCGAGCAUCAACCCCUCUUGCAACCCUGUGUGCGAUCUUGAGGCCCCCGGUGGCUUGGAAGCUCGACACAAUCUGGUGAUCGAGUUGAUCGUCGCCGAGGAGUUCUGCCCCAACCGCAACACCAGGCUUAUCACCCCCACCGGAGCGGCGCGUGUGCUGCGGAUGCAAUUCCACCUGCAUGUCACGGAACGCAGCGGGCUCGGGAUCAGCUGGGAUGAAGAAAUGCCGCCGGUUUACGAAGAUGUUCCCGCCAGCCCUCCCGGAUACACCACACUCGACGGCGCUAGUAUCAUGGAGGACUACCACGGGUCCCCUCUACACCUGCCGGAGUAUGAGGAGUUGGACCGCAUGGAGUCCCUUCGACUGGACAGUGACUCAACUCACUCCUCCCGGGGGCGAUCUCAGUUGACGACCGAUGAUCUGACCGCCGAGCCGUCGGACUUUGGAAGUGAUGACCGGGCGCCAUCUAUCGAUUCUCGGGUCUCAAGAUAAGCUUACCGCUUUUCCUGACCUUGCUACCUCAUACUUCUUUUUCUUUCAACACACGCGCACCCCUUCAGGGGCUUCGCCCAUCGACACUCACGACGUUACGAUUACUUAUGAAUUGAACGAUUGCCGACUCAGGGGAGUUCGGAACAGUCGCAGUUGCUCUCAACAGUUACUUCAAGUCGAAUCGCAAAGCGCACUCGUGCACUUUCAUACUUCGCACUAUAAUUUUAAUGGCAUGGAACAUCUAAAGAAGGUGCCCGGAAAAGUUUUUGUCUGCUACAUUUGCAUUUUGUAUCACUGGGGGGGGGGAUGGAUCUUCUGUUUUCUGUUUGCAUGAUACCCAUAGUCAUUGUCAUGUCUCUCUCUUUUGUUGUUCCACUUUACCCAUACCUUGUCAUCGACGGAGUCGAAUUUCCUACAGAUAUACCGGAUUGCUCAAAAGACUUGCUUUGUGG